GGAAAAAACUUGCGUUCUUCUUUCCCACUUCUGAUAACGGGUCAUCCAUCUGUUUCCUUUUCCAUAGGUACUGUCUGACCUGUGGAGGACACGUCUAAUAUGCCAAAGAAGGAUGUAAGGAUGUUAUGGACGAAAUGGGAGGUGAGGACCUCGAUAAAAUCACUGUCACUGAAGAGAUGGUGAUGAGCAAACUUGAGGGCCUGAAGAGGAUAAAAUAAAGCACAGUCUCCAGAGUCCAUUCACAACGGGAUUUUUGAAGGAGAAUGGCACUAAAAUUGGAAAAGAAACGAAUCAAGAAAGAAAUUGAAAAGUUAUUGAGAAAUUACAUUGGCAUCAGAAUUCAUGAAAACAACUUCGAUCCCAAGGGAAAAAUGGAGUCAACUUACUUCACUGAUCUGGCACAUUAUGACCUGGCUAUCAAUGUUGCUUUGCUUUGGUUAACUGAUGAGGAAGACAGGGAAGAUCUUGAAAAUAAAAAAGUGACUAUAUCAAGCCAUGUUCUUUCUAAAUACCCAAAUAAACUGGAAAGAGAAGCAAUGAUCCUUUCUUCUUUCGCUGGAAUUUUAAUGAACAGUUUGCCUGUAGAAGACAUUCUUGAACUUUACAGAUUUAGACCCUCAAGUUUUCCAUUCUGUAAGGGAAUGAAGGGACGUGUUCAGCCAUCUAGUUUGUCCAUGCAUCCUUUUGCAAUGCUGACUGCAGCCUGUGCAGCAGAACAUGCUAAAAGAUUGAGUAUAAAACUGAAAGUUAGGAAAACCGCCUUGAAACAGAUCUCUCUGAGUCCUCCUACCACAAGUCGAGAAGUUGGCCAGCCUCAGGACAAUUAUAGUGGGAUUCAAGAGAAUUCUGUAUGUACAGUCAAUACAGACAUUUAAGGAAUAGUGAGUAGAGUGGGUGAGAGGAACAGCAAUUGUUAUUAAAAGAAUAGACAUCAAUUUUUGGAUGAAUGAAUAUCAGUUACUAAUAGCUUGGAAGAACUUUGCUGAAAACAAGAUAAAUUGCUUUGUUAUUGAAAAUAUUGUGCAAAGUAGGUUGACAUGAAAGUUUGUUAUAAUUGGACUCACAGUAUUUGAAACCCCAGGCAUUCAUAUUUUCAGGGUUGUGCAGACAUGCAUUGUUAUGCCUUAGAGUGGAGACUUUAGAAUUGUUAAAACUUAAACACAGGAGGAGAUAUUUUUGUUCUAUCAUGUCCAUGCUGCCCAAAAAUAGACUCUAGGAAAAUCCAUUUCCCCGUUCUUUGACAAUAGACAAUAGGUGCAGAAACAGACCAUUCGGCCCUUCGAGCCUGCACCACCAUUCUGAGAUCAUGGCUGAUCAUCUACUAUCAAUACCCGGUUCCUGCCUUGUCCCCAUAUCCCUUGAUUCCCCUAUCCAUAAGAUACCUAUCUAGCUCCUUCUUGAAAGCAUCCAGAGAAUUGGCCUCCACUGCCUUCCGAGGCAGUGCAUUCCAGACCCCCACAACUCUCUGGGAGAAGAAGUUUUUCCUUACGUCUGUCCUAAAUGACCUACCCCUUAUUCUCAAACCAUGCCUUCUGGUACUGGACUGUCCCAGGAUCUGGAACAUAUUUCCUGCCUCUAUCUUGUCCAAUCCCUUAAUAAUCUUAUAUGUUGCAAUCAGAGCCCUUCUCAAUCUCCUUAAUUCCAGCGUGUACAAACUAUUUUCUCUAACGUCUCUGUGUAAGACAGUCCGGACAUCCCAGGCCUUUGGUCCAUAGUUCUGUUAAUUAUGGCUUUCAAAAUGGUCAUGCAGUAUUCUUCAUAAAUGCUGAGGUUUCCUCCCUCCAAAACUCUUCAUAUUAGUGAUGUCAGUGUCUCAAUUGUGUGUAGUUUAAAAUUGUCUCGGCAUUGAUACUCCCACCACACAUUUCCUACUUCCCUCUAAACCUUCUACCAAAUAACUAAAAUAGUAUUCCUCAGUUAUUGUCCUCACAGCAGGACAGAUCCAUCCUAUUUAAUCAGUUGCAGAUAAUUUGAUGCUCACAUUUUUGAUCACAAAACAAAAUUAAUUUGCAUUAGAGAUUGUCAUUGAAAGCUUCCCCUUUGUAAUAGACUAUAUUUCCAUACUUAAGGAUAUUUGAAUGGAUCAGGUUAACAAUGUGGAUUUAUUUGGUGAUCAUUAGGUAAUCAGCAAUAUGCUGCAUUUAUUCAACCAAGUUGAUUGGUAGCUUGACUCACAAACUUGAAAGAAAUUGCUAAUUCAAGAAGCUUGAUAAUUUCAAUGUACUUAGGUGUAUUUCAAUUAAUGGCUUCAUGAUCCAGAGCAUAGGGGCAAUAUUGACUGAUCACCAUUUUUAUAUCUGAAACCUGAUUUUGGAAAAUUAAGUGAAGCAUGAAUGUGAACAUAAAAUGGGACAUUCCCACAGGAUGUGAAUUAAUGUACAAAUGAACACUGCAUGAAUACUUUUAUACAGUAUAAUUAAGAGGUUAUACUGGUUACUGGUUAUACUUAGGGUGCUGCAAUUAAAAUGAUUUUGUGGGAAUUUGUAUACUUCUAUUUGUAAACAAGUGGCCAAUCA